AUGCACAGAACAAAUAACUGCUCAUCGAAAGCUUACGCCAUGAGUAACCCCUCGCUGCAUAGCAAGGAAGCAAAACAACAGCAUGAACAAAAACGACAGUUUGCUGUGGAUCAAAAGUUCGCACACACAUCAUCAGAGCAUGACGAGACUUCCAUACCUGAAGAUAAUGUCAAAAAAAAUGUUGAACUGUCUAAAGGGUCCAUCUUGUAUGUUUCUUUGGUGGCGGUAGCUUUGUCACUGUUUCUUGCAGCUUUGGAUGUCAUGAUAGUUUCAACAAUCAUUGAAGAAGUAGCGAAGCAGCUUGGCUCAUACUCAGAGAUCGGCUGGCUAUUCACUGGAUAUAGCUUGCCAAAUGCCCUGCUAGUGUUAAUAUGGGGAAGGAUUGCCACACCUAUCGGAUUCAAGGCCACUAUGUUGUUCGCUAUUGUUAUUUUCGAAAUUGGAUCACUGAUCUCUGCACUGGCAAGCUCAAUGAAUAUGCUUAUUGGGGGUAGAGUCAUUGCCGGGAUCGGCGGUUGUGGUAUCCAAAGUUUGUCGUUCGUCAUUGGUUCAACCCUGGUAGAGGAAUCGAAAAGGGGUAUGUUGAUUGCCAUAUUGAGCAGCUCCUUUGCUAUUGCAUCCGUUGUCGGGCCAUUCCUUGGAGGAGUUUUCACCUCCAGCGUUACAUGGAGAUGGUGUUUCUAUAUAAAUCUACCAAUCGGUGGCCUAGCUUUUUUCCUAUUUGUGCUGUUUUAUAACCCAGGUUUGCAUACAUUUCGAGAGACAAUGAAGAAUAUCCCCAGAAUCCCCUCGCAAUUUGUCAAAGUUGUUCGAAAGGUAGCGCACCAUUCAUUGAAAGUUAAAAACUUCAAUAAAAGCAACAGCUGGAAAAAGUUAUUUAUUGAAUUGGUCUUCAUGUAUGAUGUAAUCGAACUUGUGCUUUGUUCAGCUGGAUUCACUAGUAUACUACUGGCCUUCACUUUUGGUGGUAACCGAUAUGCUUGGAAUUCCACAUCCAUUAUUAUUCUUUUCAUCGUCGGUAUUAUCCUGGUGAUUUCAGCAAUCAUCUACGAUUUCUUUGUGUUCCCCAAAUUUAAUUUAGUGAAAGCAACACCAAGUUAUCAGCCUUUAAUGUUAUGGAGAAAUAUCAAGAAACCGGGUGUCUUUACAGUCAAUAUAGCUCUAUUCCUUCUUUGUGCUGGAUACAUCAGUCAAUUUACUUACAUCGUACAAUAUUUUCAAUUAAUUUACAAUGAUUCCGCAUGGAAGGCCGCUGUGCACUUGAUUACUUGUGUUAUUUCCACCGUUAUUACAGCUAUUGUUUGUGGUGUAAUCACCGAUAAAACUCGCCAAAUCAAGCCUAUUAUUGUUAUUUCAAGCAUUCUUGGUGUUGUUGGUGCUGGUUUAUUAACCUUAUUAAAUAAUAAUGCAAGCAGCUCGGCUCAUAUUGGUCUUUUGAUAUUACCUGGUAUCGCCUUUGGUGGAUUAGCACAAAGUUCCAUGCUUGCUUCUCAAAUUCAAUUAGACAAGGAAAGUCCAACUAUCAAGUCAGAUUUUGUUUCUAUUACCACUUUUAAUACAUUUUGCAAGGCUUUAGGUCAGGCCCUGGGUGGUGUUGUCUCUAAUACCGUUUUCAGUGCUGCAGUUAUGACCAAAGUAACCAGGUCCAACAUUAAAUUGCCGGGCGGUAACACGGUAAACAAUCUGGUAGUAUAUAGGCAAACAAAUUUUGAUGGAUCCCAUUCUGAAUUGGGCCAUAUCGUUUCUGAAUCUCUUACCGACGUCUUUUAUAUGGCAUUAGGAUUUUAUACAUUGUCGUUCAUUUUUGCUAUUUUUGCUUCAAAUAAAAAAAUUUCAGCAAAACCAAAACAAGUGAAAGAUGAUGUGGAAAGCGGUGAGGACCUGGAAGGAAUAAUGACUCACUAG